AUGAGAGUUCUAAAGAUAGGAAUAAGGCAACAGCUGAUAUUCCUUGUUCUUAUGGUUGCGUUACUAUCUUUAAUGGUUUUAGCUAUAAUCACAGGGGUUUAUUUUAGUGCAAAUUACAAAAACAUUAGAGCUGAUAAAUUACAAGUUAUUGCUCAAUUGAAAGCUUCUCAAGUGGAACAAAAUUUGAAUUAUCUAUACUACCAAGUAUAUUGGUUAAGUGGGAGAGAUACAAUAGAGAGUUCGUUGGUUAGUUAUAGAGCUGGUAACACAACAACUAAUAAUUUUUACAAUGCUGCUGAUACAGUGCAACAAUUUCUAAGCUCUUCAAAUACGUUUAGUUAUGUGCGGCUUUAUGAUUCAAGAUUUGAAUUAGUUUUGAAUUCUUCAGAUUAUACAACACAUGGAAAGCAUUUACCAGAAGAUGUUUUAGAGGAACUUUUCCCAUUGGAUAUGGAGAAUGAAAAUUCGACAUUACCAGCUAAUUUUGAUCAAGAUGGGUUAUUAACGGGUCCUGUUGCAAAUGAUACAUCGUUCAUUAUGUCAAUGACAUUGCCCAUAUAUGCAAGUGCAUCAAUAUUAUAUGAUACAACUGAUUUAGUUGGUUAUUUGACUACUGUGAUGAGUGCAGAUAGUUUAACCUAUAUUACAAAUGAUUCAACAGCAAUAACUAAUGGAGCUGUGGAGAUAAUAGCUACAAACAACACAUCAAAAGAGAUAAGUUAUAAUUCAACUUUUUAUUAUGCAUUACCAUCCCCAAAUUUACCAGAUUGGUUGAUUGACACAGAAUUACCUAUAAAGAAAAGUUAUAUUGCAAAUCAAGCUUUAAGAUUGAACAAAACAGGGUCAACAUCAAAAACAAAAUUGGUUUCUGGUAAUGUGGUAGCUGCUGGUUAUUGUCCAAUCAAUUUCAAAAUGACAAGAUGGGCUGCAAUUAUUGAACAACCAAGAUCAAAAUUCUUGGAACCUUCAAACAGACUAGCUAAAAUAAUCGUUGGUGUUUCUAUUGGUACAGCUGUUUUUAUGGGAUUAAUAACUUUUCCAUUGGCUCAUUGGGCUGUCCAGCCAAUUAUGAGAUUACAAAAAGCUACAGAAACAAUAGCUGCAGGAAGAGGUUUGCAGACUUUGAAUGAAAAAAGAAGAAAAGAUAAGGAUAGAGAUCCAUCAUCAGGAAAUAAUAGUAGUAGGGCAAGUUUCAAUAGCUCAAGAUCUCCAGUACCCUAUCCUAGUAGUAAUAAUGGUGAUGGUGGUGGUGGUGGGAGUGGUGGCCAUUCUCAUAAUCUAUCAAGUGGAACUGAUAACAUGAUUAGUGAAAAUGGUUCAAUGUCUUCAGGUGUUGCUGGUCAUUCAACAUACAUUUCCAAUGCAAGAGUACCGCAUUAUACAAGAUUUUUCCAAGAUGAAUUGAGUAAAUUGACUGAAACUUUCAAUGCAAUGACUGAUGAAUUAGAUCGUCAAUAUUCACAUUUAGAAGAUCGUGUUAAGGCAAGAACCAAACAGUUGGAAGCUGCUAAAAUCCAAGCAGAGGCUGCUAAUGAGGCUAAAACCGUUUUCAUUGCAAACAUUUCACAUGAAUUAAGAACCCCAUUAAAUGGUAUAUUGGGUAUGACUGCUAUUGCAAUGGCUGAAACUGAUCCAAAUAAAAUCCAACAAAGUUUGAAGUUGAUUUUCAGAUCUGGUGAAUUGUUGUUACAUAUUUUGACUGAAUUAUUAACUUUUAGCAAAAAUUCAUUGAAAAGAUCAAAAUUGGAAAAUUCAGAUUUUGGGGUUAUUGAAGUUGCUCUACAAAUUAAAUCAAUUUUUGGGAAAUUGGCUAAAGAUCAAAAUGUUAAUUUAACCAUAUCUUUAAAACCAAAUAAUGUUAGAAAAAUGGUUCUUUAUGGUGAUUCAAAUAGAAUUAUCCAAGUUGUCAUGAAUUUGGUUAGUAACUCUUUGAAAUUUACACCUGUCGAUGGCAAAGUUUCUGUUACAAUCAGAAAUAUUGGUGAAUAUGAUGAAGAAAGAAGUGCCAGGGAAGAUUAUAAGCAUGUUUAUGUUAAAACUAAUUCAAUCCACCAUCAUAGCCAUAACCAUAGCCCUGAAGCUGAUGAAAAACUGAUUUCAGUUAAUGGUCACAAUAAUAAUGAUAUUUCUACAAGCUCUAAUGAUACAACUACAGAUGAUGAUGAUUCUGAUAAGAAAUCUGUGAUUACCGUUUCAACUUCUUCAUAUGAUGAAACAGUGUUUAAGAAUCAAUUCAAAACAAAUGAUGAAGAUGACGGAAAUUUGAAAUCUAGAGACUUGAGAGAUCACAAGACUUGGGUAUUUGAAUUUGAAGUUGAAGAUACAGGUCCUGGUAUUGAACCAAAAUUACAAGAAUCUGUUUUUGAACCAUUUGUUCAAGGUGAUCAAACAUUAUCUAGACAAUAUGGUGGUACUGGUCUUGGUUUAUCAAUUUGCAGACAAUUGGCUACAAUGAUGAAAGGUGUUAUGGAAUUAAAGUCUACUGUUGGUGUUGGUUCCAAAUUUAUUUUUAGAGUUCCGUUAAUUCAAAGAAAAGAAUUAAUCAUUGAUGAAAAUGAUUUAACUUUUUAUGAAGAUGAAUUUAAUGUGAAUAGUAAGAAGAAUAGAAAAGUUAAAAUCGUGGAACCUGAAAAAUCCCCAGAACCUGAGCAAACAUCAUCAAAUAAUAGUUAUGAUAACAGCAGUCGUGAAGUUUUACCAGGUACACCAAGAGUUCAAACUCCAACAAGUGGUUCAAAUGAUAACUAUGGUUAUUUUGAUAGACCAAUUUUACAAUCAACAGGUACUGCAAAACCGUCAUCGUUAUACUCAUAUUCAUCACAAGGUACCACAUCCAACCAUCAUCAACCUUCAAAGAAUUUGAAGAUUUUAGUUGCUGAGGAUAAUAUUGCCAAUCAAGAAGUUAUCAAAAGGAUGUUAAACCUUGAGGGUUUUACAGAUGUCGAAUUAGCAGUUGAUGGUGAAGAAGCUAUUGAAUUAGUUAAAUCAAAGAGAGAUUGCUCGAAUGCACAUUCGAAUGGUGAUGAAUAUUAUGAUGUUAUCUUUAUGGAUGUUCAAAUGCCAAAAGUUGAUGGAUUAAUGGCUACAAAGCAUAUUAGAAAUGAACUGAAAUACGAUAAUCCAAUUGUGGCAUUAACUGCAUUUGCUGAUGAAAGUAACGUUAAAGAAUGUUUAGAUGCUGGUAUGACUGGAUUUUUGUCAAAACCAAUUAGAAGAUUACAAUUGAGACAAGUUUUGACUGAAUAUUGUCCUGUUAUUUUGAAAGAUAUGGUUGCAACACCAAGUGAAGAUGCAUUUAAAAAUAGUAAGAACAAUAGUCCAAAGAGUGUGAAGAAUACUACAGCGUCUACAUCGGAAGAAAACAGAGAUCAAGCAAAUCAAGAACAAGAGCAAAAAAAAGAAUAG